AUGGGCAAAUCAAAAAAACGUGCGACAAGCGUGAAAACUGAUGAACCGCGUAAAAAGGCAAACGAAAGAAUUUCCGGUAUUUCCAAACCGCGUACCAGAAUUGAACCGUCCCUCCAAUCUCAAAAAAAAUUAAAGAAAAGGAUUCCACAAAGGCCUGCCACGAUUCCAACAGACAUAUACGUUUCACGUAAAUCAAACUUCAAAGGUCAAUUGUUUCGGGCGAAGAAGCUUCUAUUGGAGGACGGACAUCCCUCGAUAACAAUUCAUGGAUUAGGAGCGGCGAUAUUGAAAUCGAUCAACUUGGUAUUGACCUUAGGUGACCUGAUGCACAACCAAAUUAUCUAUAAGGUCACGACCGGCACAGUCGAAUUAGUGGACGAUAUUAUACCCGAAGAUGAUGAUAAAGACUUGGAAAUUCAAACAAGGAAUAAUUCCAGUGUUCACAUUCAAGUAUCCCUAAAAGAUGAUGCUUCGACACGGAAGGAUGUGUCAUCUGUUGGCAGUGGAUGCACUGCGCGCCUCUUAAAACGUAAACUAGGCAUUAAAGACAGAUGCAUAAUCAUGUUGCCAAGAGAUUAG